CUGGGUCCCCCACUCUUAAAUCUGGGUUUUGCUUCAAUCUUGAACUGAAAUGGUAUGAAAAGAAGAUUGGCUUGGAAAGCCUCUUAAAUUCCUUGACUGUGUGUAGCUCUCUGAUUACAGCAUCCCAGAGAUAAUGCCAUCCUUGCCUAAUGAGGGAGAUAACCAAGGAACCACUUCUUUGUCUUUGAGUUCAAGCUUAUCUUUCCAAAGCUCAAUUAGGAGAAAAGUCAGAGAGAAGAAAAAACAUGCAACCAUUACUGCGAAUAUUGCUGGCACAAAAUAUGAAAUUGCUACCAGAGAAUCAACCAUUUUCCUGGAAUGGGGGAAAUCUGUAGGAAGGACUUCUUGGCACGAAACAUGACUAAAAUGAUCAAGUCUCAGCCGCAGGAAUAUAGUUUCAUUCCUCGGACAUGGAUUUUUCCAGCAGAGUUUACCCAGUUCCAGAACUAUGUAAAAGAACUUAAAAGAAAGCGCCGACAGAAAACGUUUAUAGUCAAACCAGCUAAUGGGGCCAUGGGACAUGGGAUCUCCCUUGUCAGAAAUGCAGAAAAACUUCAUUCCCAGGACCACCUCAUCGUUCAAGAAUACCUUGACAAGCCCUUCCUUAUGGAAGGGUACAAAUUUGAUUUAAGGGUGUAUAUUCUGGUAACUUCAUGCGAUCCACUUAAAAUAUUUUUAUACCAUGAUGGAUUAGUGAGAAUGGGCACAGAGAAAUAUCAUCCACCCAAUGAAUCCAAUAUGAGCCAGUUGUAUAUGCACCUGACCAACUACUCUGUGAAUAAGCACAAUGAGCAUUUUGAACGGGAUGAAACAGAAGAUAAAGGCAGUAAGCGCUCUAUAAAGUGGUUUACUGAGUUUCUGCAAACAAAUCACCUUGACGUUUCCAAAUUCUGGAAUGAUAUUUCAGAGUUAGUGGUGAAGACACUUAUAGUAGCAGAGCCACAUGUCCUUCAUGCUUAUCGUAUGUGUAGACCAGGGCAAUCUCCUGGAAGUGACAGCGUUUGCUUUGAAGUUCUGGGAUUUGAUAUUCUGCUGGACAAGAAACUCAAGCCUUGGCUACUAGAGAUUAAUCGAGCCCCCAGCUUUGGUACUGACCAGAAAAUUGAUUAUGAUGUGAAAAAAGGUGUCCUUUUGAAUGCAUUACAGCUUCUCAAUAUCAGGACAAGCGAUAAAAGAAAAAAUUUAGCCAAGCAAAAAGCAGAAGCUCAGAAGAGACUGUACGGCCAAGGGUCAAUGAAAAGGCUGUCACCUAUAUCUUCUGACUGGGAAAAGCAACGACGUUCCCUAGAAAGGAGGAGAGAAGAACUGAAAGAGAGACUUGCACAAGUACGCAGGCAGAUCUCCAAAGAAGAGCAUGAAAACAGGCACAUGGGAAAUUAUAGGCGUAUUUACCCUCCCGAUGAUAAAUUUCUACUUGAAAAAUAUGAAGGUUUGUUAGCCACAGCUUUUCAAACAUUUCUUGCUGGGAGGGCAGCUUCACUUCAACGGGAAAUGAACAACCCUUUGAAAAGGAUGAAGGUCCUGAUAGUCUUUUCUGCAUCUUCGUUUGAGUCAAACAGAUGCCCACUAAGGUAUUCCUUCAAUUUUGGGAAAAAGUGGAAGUUGCACAGAACCAAGUCUGGACUCUUAUGACGGAUGAAAUAAGAGAGGUAUAGAGGUGGAAGAGAUGGAAAGGACUGUCAGGACCUGGUUGAAGAGAUUUAAAGUGUGGAGUUCUUUUGUGACAGCUGUAAAUCAUUUGGACAUCAUUGGCAAACGAAGAAGACAUAUUGGAUCUUCUGGAACAGUGUGAACUUGAUGAUGAGAAACUAAUGGGAAAAUCUGUCAAAUCACGUGGACCAAAG